AUGUUCAGUCGACUCGUCCGGCCGGGCGCUCUGCGCGCGGCAUCAUUCCAGGCACCUACCUCCGCUCUACGCUUCCAGGCCCGUGGCCUGCACCGUAUCCCUCAAUUGCAGCAUGACGCCUUUUACAAGGAGAAGGGUGUGCCCGAGUUCAUGUCCCCGGAGGCUUUCGACUUCGCUUGGACCCAAUACCAGACUCUCCUCGUGGACAAGCUCAACCUAUUGACACAAGACACCGUCGAUGCGGACGCCAAACCUGGAGAAUUGCUGGUCAAGUACUCCAAGCGCCCGGAGAUGGCCUCUGUCUUCAACUACGCUUCAAUGGCUCACAACAACCACUUCUUCUUCAACUGCCUGUCCCCUACCACCACUAAGAUCCCCGAGAAGUUCGCCAUGGACAUCGUCGAUACCUGCUCCUCCGUCGAGUCCCUGAAGAUGGAUUUCCUAGCCACAGCCAACGCCAUGUUCGGUCCCGGCUUUGUUUGGCUCGCCAAGAACCUCGAGCGUGAGGGUCUGAUGCAGAUCUUCUGCACCUACAACGCCGGCUCUCCAUACCCGGCCGCCUACUCCCGCCGGCAGCCAGUCGACAUGGCCACCCACUCUCCGGAUGCCCCCUUGGGCAAUCAAUUCGCCGGAUCAAUGGGCGCCCACGCACAGAACCAGAAGAACCUUGCCCCCGGUGCCAUCGAUGUGCAACCCAUUCUCUGUGUGAACACUUGGGAGCAUGCCUGGAUGAUGGACUACGGCAUUGCUGGUAAGGAGGAGUACUUGGAGCGUUGGUGGGACCGGAUUAACUGGGACGUCGUGUUCGACAACUACAACGCGAUCAGCUCCGUGAAGGGUGCGCGGAGCACAGCCAACCGGGACCGGAGUCUGAGCAUGCUUUGA